GUUCGCAAAGAUAAAUACUAGUGUGUAAUCGCAGCGUAAGGCGGCUCGAGGCAGAAGCACACGAAAGGAGCUCAGAAAGCACCUAUUUUACAAUCUUCCCUGUCUUUUUGUAGGUGUUUUCUCGAUCAGAUUGCAACUAUGUCUGCUAAGGGAGGUGCCAGAGGAGUGCAUUCGGGGAGAGGCGGGAAAACGAGAGGAAAAUCCACCUCUCGGUCAGCGAAGGCUGGAGUUCUCUUCCCCGUCGGCCGUAUGGACAGAUACCUGCGGAUGAGCACCCACCACUACCGCAUAGGUUCGGGCGCUCCAGUGUACCUCGCUGCGGUGAUAGAAUACCUCACUGCUGAAAUUCUCGAGCUGGCCGGGAAUGCGGCCCGGGACAAUAAAAAGGCUCGCGUUACCCCGCGGCACAUCCUCCUGGCCGUCGCUAAUGAUGAAGAGCUUCACCAUCUCCUGAAGAACGUGACGAUCGCAAGCGGGGGUGUCCUGCCUCAGAUCCAUCCUGAGCUUCUGAUGAAGAAGCGGGGGUCCAAGGCCAAGUCGGUCUUUGACUUCGGUCAGAAGACUCCUGCUGCGGUGCCGGUGCCGAAGAAACCCAAGACGCCAGCGGAGAAGAAGCAGCUGCCUGCUGUCAAGAAACCGGUGGUGAAGAAAGCUGCACUAACUCCUAAACCCAAUGCAGCUGUGAGCAAGGGAAAGACUAUUUCUGGAAAGUCGAUUCUGGGUGAGAAAAAGUUAUUCCUUGGACAGAAGCUAACAGUUGUCAAAGCAGAUCUGACUGAAAUCACAGCUGACGCUUUGGUCCAUCCUACCAACUCAACCUAUGCAAUGGCUGGAGAAGUAGGGAGUGCACUAGAGAAGGUAGGAGGUAGAGCGUUCGUGGAGGAAGUGGCAAAGCUUCGUGCAGCUCAGUCACUAGAUAUAUCUGGAGCUGCCAUCUGUCCUGCCCACAACCUCCCAGCCAAGUACGUCAUUCACGUCAACAGUCCCAGCUGGGGAGGGGCCAAUGCCGUCAGUAACCUGGAGAAGUGCAUUAAGAAUUGCCUGGCCCUCGCAGAUGAGAAGAACAUCACAUCCAUAGCCAUUCCAUCCGUUAGUAGUGGCAGGGCUGGUUUUCCAAAGCAGAUUGCAGCUGAGACUAUCCUCCGCACGAUCAGCCAUUACUUUGUAUCCGUCAUGGCAUCCUCUCUCAAACAGAUCUACUUCGUUCUCUUCGACCAAGAGAGCGUCGAGGUCUACGUCACCGAACUCAACAGACUGGAGCCUGAUCAAUGAGGGGUUCGUUCGUUUGGACCAAACAUAGGUGAUGAUAGCGUCUUAGCCUAGUUAUACAUGUUUGUAUAUCUCUUUUUAGUGUAAUGUUGAUGGAGUAUGUCGGAAUGGCAGUAACAUGCGAGUCAGUGAUUUGUAUAAAAAUUCCUUGAGAAUCACUGCUGUUCCCUUGGUGUUGGCGUCCAUAUCCCGAAGCCUGUUAGGGUUGUUCUAAUUCAAGAGAGAAAGUCUAUAUUUUGCAUCAAAAGGAAGAAUGUCGGUAUAAAGGCUUCAGAAAUUUAUUCAGAGGAUAAGGAUAUGGUGUCAAUUUGCGAGUUUGGAUUUGGCAGUUUGAAAUUUCCUUCAAGAAAAGUAACCAUUGUUUGGUUGCAUAUGUACAUUGGGCUAUUAAUUACCUCAAUCUCCUCAAUUUCAUAUCUUAGCCAUUCUAAUUACCUCAUGUCCUUCUCAAGCUUAUGAUGAAAUCCUGGUUGAUGGGGUGUAUGCAUGAUAGUUAGAAAAUGUCCCCCAAAAAGGGGGUACUUUUCUGAAAUGUUGUGGAUUUGAAGAAGGGUAUGGUUCUGUUUAAGAGCAAGAAAUUUCAUGAAAAAGGGUUGUUAUAUUUCAAAGAGGAAUCCGCAACUCAAAUUCCCCCCAAAAUAGGGUUCCUUGUGAAUUUGUACUCGUUGAGCUACCAAACUAGGGUUAAAAGACUAUUUUGUACUCGUUUGGGGGCGAAAAGCAUCCAAAUUUGUGGGAAAUUUUCCACAAGUAGCGUGUCAUUUUCGACUCUGCUAACGAUCUUGCGUUACCCCUUUGAAUAUGAAGUGAAACUCCUAUGGAGGAAACGUGGGUAGAUGUGAAGAACUUGUGUGAUAUGUGAAUAGGGAAAGGUUUUCAGCUUGGAUGUGGCAUCUUCCUGUACAGUGAAAACCUGUUUAUUGAAGCUAAUUUUAAUGCUGCAUCUUAAAGAUUAAAAAAAUUGUCAGUUUCUUGAAAUAUUGGAACAAUCUUCUCUGUUGCUAGGAAAUGGUAUUGCCCAAAUUUACUUUCUAAUGUUAGGAGUAUUUUCAACCAUGAUACACAACAGAUUGUGAAUAUUUAGCUGAUUUGUGGUAAGUUCUUGGAAUUUACUAUAAUCAAGUUAAAUCCCCCAAAAUUAUUGGGAUAGAGAACUUCUUGCUCUUAAAAAGGGGACUUGCUUCAUACAGUUUAAUCUGUAUUUAUUUCAUUAUCCAAGCCAUUAACAUGAGCUAUAUUUUGUAAAUGAUUGUAGUGUAUGAAAUAUUUUUUGUAUGAUGUAGUAGCAAUGGUGUAAUAUUUUGUUACUUUAGGCUAAAUAUUGCUGAGUUAUCUUCAUUUACAUUGUAUACAUAGCAAGAGGGUUGUCAAUUUGAAAUAUAUAUUAUACAUGUAUUACCUCUUUUUAAAAUAAUCAUGAAAGUAAGCUUUUUGAUGUACAAAAUUGUGAUUUGUAUCUGUAGAAAAUAUCUUUCCCUUUUUGAUGUAGUUUUAUUACAAUAAUUGUUCAUUGUUGAAAUAAGUUUACAUCAGUUUGUUGUAUAGAUGACAAAUCUAGAUGGAAUUAAAAUCCUUGUGAAGAGAAAUUAAGGAAAAAGGAAACUUAGAUAUAUAAUGUUAGUGCUUUCACCGUGAUAUAUGUCGAUACAUAUCGAUACAUAUCGAUACAUGUAUGAUUAGAUCUAUUAUAUUUGCUUUGCUUUUCAUGAGUCUGAUAAAGGUUAAGAAAUAACUUACAGUAUAUACUUGUGAAAUAUUUAUGGGGAUUUGAUGAAUUUCACUUUUCUAAACAAAAUCAUGUUAAAUUGAUCCAUGUAACAUUUCCUAUAUUUUGUUUUUAAAAACAAAUUCAAAACUGAAAUAGGUAUCACCAAUGUUUUCCUUUGGUGGGGAAUAUUUAAGUGAGUGCAUCAUGAAAAAGUUAACGUUUCAUCUUUAUCAUUUACAUGUAAUAGGUGUUUGGGUAAAUCAUGCGUUCCAUUUUGAGGGAAAAAUCAGUCUUCAGAAUCAUGUUUUCAGGAAGAACUUGAUGUAACAUUAUAGUGUAGGUUCACAUUGUUCAUGUGAAAUGGAUCAUCUCAAAUUUUAAAGCCAUACUGUACAGGAAGCACUACCACAAAAUCCACUCUAGCGCCAUCUAAGGUCAGCUGUAGCCUUAUCGCCCCAUAUAGUCCUCUGUCUGCGAUGUGAGAAUUAGGCAUUGGGUUACGCACUAAUGGCAAUUUGAUCAUGAGAUGGCGCUGUGCAAUAAACGGUAUGCUAGGGCAAAAAAAUUCUUAAGUUCAGUAUCGCUUUAAAUAUUCCUCUCUCUUUUAUACAGCUCUUAUUGAAAAGAAUGCUAAUACAACAAACCUUUCAUAUUUUGUGCAUCACACAUGCACAUGCAGGCAUGAGUUAGCCCAUGCUUGUCGGACAUUUUUAAAGACAUGUUUUUGAAGUGUAGAGAAGUAUAUUUGUUAUCUAUUUUGUGAAACAAGUUGUAAAUCUUGCGAGAGGUUUAAUUGCCAAUUUCAAUAUUAUUUUCAAUAUUUUAAUUUAAAGUGAAAAGCAGAUGUUUUGAAAAUUUCCUUUAAAAUGUUGUUUAUAUGUUGUAUGUAAGCUAGAAGAAUAUAUCAAAUAUUGUUUCUUUUGUUUUUUCAUCAUUAUUAUUAAUUUUAUAUUACUCUUUAGAUUAUAUGCAUUCUUUUAUUGUCAAUUCACAAUUUGAUAAAGUAGUAAUUUCACUUUUAUAUAGUGCAGAUACCAUAGUAAUAUUGAAAUGAUUUAUAUAGACAUAGUUAAUAUUUAUAUAAUUUUAUCAUAUGCAUCGGAAGAACUUCUUUCUGUUUAUUUAGUUGGAAUAUAGUAAUCAUGUGCGAUGGAAUAGGUUUGAAAAACCUUGAUUUUACAAUUUGUUUGUAUUAUUUUAGUUUACACCUCGAACAUAUAUAUGUGAAUUGCUAGAAAAAUAAAAUGUAAGCUAAGGAAAUUUUAUUUCCUUGUCUGCCUUUAAAUCAUUGAA